CGCUGCCCAGGGCAGAUGUAGAGAAUAGUGGCGGCAAGGGCCUAAAAUGGCCGUACCGGUGCCGCUUGAUGCCCGGAUCAAGUCCCCGCGUCUAAGUCACGGGGCGGUAACGUGCGAAAGUUCGCCACGGUCCAAUGCCAAUGUCCGCCAGACUGGGCUUUUGCAAGUUGGAUGUUGUGCCAACACGCGCGCCCAGUUCCCGCAAAAGCAGGGCUUCCCGUCUUCGCGUCCACGGGCAGUGUGAUGAGUUCUGCCGGUACACUGCCUCACCCCCUUUUGUCCAAACCUUAUCGCUACCUGCUCAGGCUCUGAGUGCCUAGUUGAUCCAGGACUCAGUGUAUGGUAAUGAGCAAAGCACGGCUUCUCGGCGCCGGGCCCCUUGACCUGCGGUCAUCCCAACGGAGGUGGUCUCACUACGAGCCUGUCCACGUCCUAUGACCAAGUACUGGUCAUGAAUGACAGAAUGAGAUCCGGGUCACGAGAUCUCACGCCAAAGACAGCAGUCCAACUCUCAGAGUAGCCUAACAGCGCGCGUCAUCACGGCUUCACCCUCAUGCGAGCGUCCGCGUAGCUCGUGCCGACCCUGCUGCUUUGGCCCACUCAACGAAGGCGAGACAAGAUGAUGGCGAGCUUCGUUUCUGUCCGCUUCGACGUCCACUCUUUUUGUGCUUUCAAGGCACCAAGCCUACCUUUUGGAAACGCAGCCAAAGGGCGAAUGGGACCCCUUCAAGGAGAGAGCGCCUCAGCCGGCCCAUGGCGACGGAGCGUUAUCCCCUCGCGAUCUUUGGUUUAUCAUCGUCGUUCGACCUGUCACGACCGCGAAUGGCCUUCAGGCGCUCAUGGAGCACGAUGUCUCACACAAACGCUUUCCAGGCCAGGGAACCUGGAAGAUUGUGGGCAGUGUCCUCAUUAACGCAGGUCGGCAGGGGCGCAGACCAGACGAGCGACGCUGAAUGCACGAGAACCUCAUGCCUGGGGGAGUCGGCCGUGGUUGUGAGGCCGCCGGCCAGAGCUUGCGCCCGAAGAAGCUCGAACUGAGACCAGUCGUUUGCCCUUCUGCGGACGCCGAUGGUGCGCGUCGACGCUAAAAGUCGGCAUGUGCAGGCUAUGCGACGACUGCGCAGAGGGCAAGUGCGACCUGCAUGACCCCAAGACUGGCGGGCUCCGUGAGCGUCGCGAGCCCUGCAAGAGAGCUAUAAGUUCUUCCGCCUUUCCCUUUCUUCGCUCUGACCGUUCCAACUCUUUCGACUCGACGACUUCUACACCAUCAAGUCAAACACCUCCACCUGGUCAAUUCAACGAACGCUGCACGCUGCACGAUGUCUCAGGAACGAACAAUGAUUUGCGACCUCGAGUAUGCGGAUAUAAUUACUGCAACAUUGACCGCACGGAAAAGUAAUGCUCAGGCCAGAGACCGUGCAAAGUACCUGGAGGCCAAGCUGGAUGCGACACGAUUUGAGAUUGAGCAACUCAAGGUGGAUGACAUUGAACGGCACAAACUGGAAGACCGCCACCAAACUACCUUGCGUCGGCAAGUUUCCGAGAAAGCCGAAGAACUUCGGAAGAUCAGAGCCGAGAAUGGCAAGCUUCGAAAACGAAACAGAGACUUGACGCGCGAGCUCAAAGACGCACUUGAUAAGCCGGCAAGUGUCCAGGUGCUUUUGUGUGGCAUCUGCAUGGAGCGGCCCGAGGAUAUGGACUAGGUGCGGCCACGGCUUCUGUCACACUUGCCUGCCCGAGUGGUUGGAGCCAACCGGAGGGCGAGAACCCACCUAUCCAAACAAGUUCCGGCGAUGUCUGGAAGCUAUAUCUUGGGACACUACCACAGGCAUCAGUCAUCGAAAAGUAUUUGCUCGAAGAAGCAUCUAUAAUUGCCCAAUAUUUCGACUACUUCAACCUCCCACCGACGAUAAUUAUUCUCAUUUGAUGGGGCCGAAUGAAACCCCAAAGAUGCACAUCAUCCUCGACAUGCAUUGCAAAACUGCCCCGAAAGUUGAUGUGACAUAUUAUUCAAUUCCCAUGUUGGCUGAUUCCAUAUUAGCGAGUUUGAACGACUGAACGAGUCUGCAAGCAAUUAUGCUCGCACGCGCUGUGUUGAUGUGGGCUGGGGUACUUGGCGGCGUCAAUCAACCUGAACCACUUGAAGAAUUCGAAGUGGUUUCGCCCGUACAAAUUGGACAUGGUCCGGGGACGUUGGUGUCUUGAAUCCUCUACUGCGGAUCUGUCCACCCCCUCCGCCUUUCUCCUACCUAUCACAUUCGCAUCCUGGCCAUCUAGGAAUUAGGAGGAUUCGCCCACAAGUUCUUGGUCUGUUUUGUUCCACGCAUCACCCAGCGCUGCUCGCAUAAAUAUAACCGACCGGAAUCCAAUUCGAUGACUUACAAGGCGAUCGACUGGUUUGCCCUGUACACAUGCAUAAGCGCCUCAACUUGCGCCAUUUCAAGGAAAGAAGAACGACUGAACAAUUCUGACCCCAGAGCCUUCAUGAAUGGGUGCCCCCGGACAAAGGCCUCCAACUGAAUGGCCCAUGUUUCGAAGACAGGAGGGUAAAAGCCUGCGCAACCCCAGUCCAAAAGAUAAAUCGAGCGAUCUGUGCUCAGGAUGAUGUUCCUUGGAGCGAUAUCUAGAUGACACAAGGAUAAAGCCAUAUCCGACACAUCUAUGGUGACCUCUCCCUGGAGAUGUGCUAGCCUCGUAUCUAGAUACUUCUGUAGAUCUUUGCGCGAGUUAAAACUCUGUCCCGAGUUAUACUCAGACCAUAGCAAGCCUCGAGAAGGACUGCCAUCGAGUGGGCCAGGACGACUGCUGCGAAAGCUGUGAAUGUGUUGAAUAACUUGCGUGAUCCGGUCUGUCAGCUGUAGAUAGUCAUCCAGAGGCAGCUGAUCGAGUGUGGUUCCUUCGAUAAAAUCCAUUACAAGAUACCCAGUCGUCCACAGCUCAUCUGAAGGCCUCGUGAAGAAUUGUAC